UUUAUGUGUUCAUUUGAUUGCUGUGAUGUUCUGCAUUGAUUUGCACUGUUCUAUAAUGUUUUCUGCUACUUUAUUCUGUUUGUAAUGUUGAAAUUGUUCUGUACCAGGAAUGGCUGUGAGCAGUGAGGGGUUACCACACACAAAUGCACACCGAUGGACCCCUUUAGAGGGGUAAGAAAUGGAUUUAACAAGAAGGCACGGGAUUUUUCUAGUUAUCUUACAUUUAGCUGGUGACACACUUGGAAUGGCAUCAGACCGUAAACCCAACUUUGUUCUAAUGAUUGCUGAUGAUCUUGGCAUUGGAGAUAUUGGAUGUUAUGGAAAUGACACAAUAAGGACGCCCAAUAUUGACAGACUCGCAAGUGAUGGAGUGAAAUUAACCCAGCACAUUGCAGCAGCACCGCUAUGUACACCAAGCAGGGCUGCUUUUAUGACAGGACGGUAUGCGCUAAGGUCUGGUAUGGAUUCGUGUGGAGGAGAUCGUGUUAUAAAGUGGCUUGGUGCACCUGGUGGACUCCCCCCUAAUGAAACUACAUUCGCCUCAAUUCUGCAGAAACAAGGCUAUUCUACUGGAUUUAUAGGCAAAUGGCAUCUUGGGUUGAAUUGUGAGUCCCUCAAUGAUUUUUGCCACCAUCCUCUUAGCCACGGCUUUGAUUAUUUCUAUGGGGCACCAUUUACUCUCAUCAACGAGUGUCAGCCUGGAGGGUUACUGGAAAUGGAUGUCGCUUAUCGAGCACAACUUACCCUUCUAACUCAGCUCAUGGCUUUGGCGGUGAUGACACUAGCGAUUGUCAGAUACAGUAAUAUGCUCACCAUCCACCGGAAUGUCAUUGUCUACAGUGCUCUGUUUACCAUUUUAUUUUUCAUCACGUGGUACUUAAAAUAUGGAUUUCUACAGUAUUGGAACUGUAUAAUUAUGAGAAAUCAUGAAAUCAUUGAGCAACCAAUGAAAGUGGAAAGAACUGCAUCGCAGAUGGUGAGGGAGGUGCAACAAUUCAUUAACAGAAAUACGAAAGCCCCUUUUCUGCUCAUCGUUUCAUUUCUCCAUGUUCACACCCCACUUGUUACCACAAAAGCAUUUACUGGAAAAAGCAAGCAUGGGCUUUAUGGGGAUAAUGUUGAAGAAAUGGACUUCAUGGUAGGUUCAGUAGUGAAUGCUAUUGAUAAUAAUGGAUUAAAGAACAACACAAUCAUCUAUUUUGCCUCUGACCAUGGAGGACAUUUAGAGGUUAAAGAUGGGAAAUUCCAAAUCGGAGGAUGGAAUGGGAUGUAUAGAGGUGGAAAAGGUAUGGCCGGCUGGGAAGGUGGUAUCCGAGUUCCAGGGAUAUUCCGGUGGCCGGGCAUCAUUCCUUCUAAUGAGAUCAUUGAAGAACCCACAAGUCUAAUGGAUAUCUAUCCAACGGUGGUCUACUUGGGUGGUGGUGAUUUGCCCAAAGACAGAAUAAUUGAUGGAAGGAACCUAAUGCCUCUACUCACAAAGAGCACUCGUCACUCUGAACAUGAGUUUCUGUUCCAUUACUGUGGAAUUCAUCUACACGCAGUCCGUUGGCAUGAAAAAGAGAGUGGCGCUAUUUGGAAAGCUCACUUUGUGACUCCAGUCUUUUCCCCAGAAGAUGCAGUGGGUUGUUAUAAUAUUUUAAUUUGUGCCUGUGAAGGAGACAAUGUUCUUCACCAUGAUCCUCCAUUGUUAUUUGAAUUAUCAGCUGAUCCUUCAGAAUCCAACCCUCUUGACCCCUAUGUAGACCCACAAUAUAUGAUUGUACUGGACAGAAUAAACAUGGCGGUGACAGAACAUCAGAAAACUAUCGGUGUGGUGCCUCUACAGUUCUCAUUCCUCAAUAAUCUUUGGCGACCCUGGUUACAGCCAUGCUGCGGGACAUUUCCAUUCUGUUGGUGCGAUAAGGAAGACAGCAAUGUAUCAGGAAUUCUCUGAUGACUUCUGCACCCAAAUUUGGAGAUCUUGUGUGGAAAUCUUUGAAAUACUCUCUUGGUUUUAUUACAUGACAUAGAUUUUUAAGCAGUUGGCUGGAUAUAUUACUAAUUAAAUGUUUUUUU